CGCAUUUGACGCCGUCCUGCCGUCCCCAAAACUUCGCUGCAGAUAUCAUCACAGGGGAAAAAGAGGAUCCAAUUCCAAUUGCUUCGGUAAUACUAUAAAAAAAAGUCGCUCGCUGGCGACGACUUUUUGCCUCUGCUUCUCUCCCUUUUGUUUCAAUUCCAGUUGCAAGAGUCAUUCAGCAACACAAUGCGGAUGCAAUCCACCAACGCCCUGUUUCGGCGCGCAACUUUGUCCUCCUCCACACUAUCCAUCGUCCGACGAUCCACCUUGACGACCGCACGCGGCUUCUCUUCAACCUCGACAACGAACUUACCUGCAUCACUUCGCACUCCCACACGAACCCAACCAUCCCAAACUAUCCAACAACUCCCCACCGUCACCCCCUCAACAACGCGCACGAUGGCCUCCUCCUCCGCCUGCGGCUCCAGCCCCUCCUCCUCCCCGACCCUCGAAAAAAUCCCAAACACCUCCAUCCGCAUCCUCCGCACCGUCUCCUCCGUCCACCGCUUCCGCCGCCCCUUAACCCUCGACUCCCGCUCCGUCGCCCUCGUCCCCACCAUGGGCGCCCUGCACGCCGGCCACUUGUCCCUAAUCCGGGCCGCCGCCCGCGACAACCACCACGUCAUGGUGUCCAUCUACGUCAACCCGGCGCAAUUCGGCGUUCGCGAAGACUUGGGGAGUUACCCGGUCACCUGGGACGCCGACUGCGCCGCGCUGGCCGCUCUAGAUCGCGAGCUGGCCGACGAUGGGGAAAACCUCGGCCGAAUCAGCGCCGUGUUUGCGCCGACGACGGGGGAGAUGUAUCCUGCCGGGUUUCCGGGGCAGGAGGUGGACUCUAAGGGGUCGUUUGUGACCAUAACCCCUGUCGGGGAGGUGCUGGAGGGAAGCAGCCGCCCGACGUUUUUCAGGGGCGUGGCGACGGUUUGUAUGAAGCUGUUUAAUGUGUGCCAGCCGGACAGGGUGUAUUUCGGGCAGAAGGAUGUGCAGCAGACUGUGGUUAUUAAGCGACUGGUGGAAGAUUUUUUGAUGCCGAUUGAACAAGUGGUGGUGGUGCCGACGGAGAGGGACCCGGAAGGGGAUGGGUUGGCGUUGAGUAGUAGGAAUGUUUAUUUGGGGAGCAGGAGACGGAAGGUGGCGAAUGUGUUGUAUAGGGCGCUUAAGGCGGCCGAGGGGGCUUACAAUGCCGGUGGGGAGGAGGGCACAAGGGAAAGGGAGGGGAUAUUGGGGGCCGCCCGGAAAGUGGUGGAGGAGACCCUGAAAGAGCAGAUGAAGAUGGAGCCAGGAAGGAGGGUCAGGUUUGAGGUGGAUUAUUUGAGUCUGGCGGACCCGGAGACGAUGCUGGAGUUGGAAACGGUUGAUACCAAGAAGGGAGGGAUUUUGAGUGGUGCCGUGAGGUUUUUGCCGGUGGAGGAGCCAGGGGAGGGAGAGGAUUUGGGACAUAGUGGGGGGCCGUUGGUGAGGUUGAUUGAUAACAUCAUCUUGCCGCCUAAGUAGGUGUGGACGGGGUUGAGGUGGAGGGACGUUUUGGGUAGUUGGCUAUACUAUAGAGCUGUUGUUGUUAGAAAGCAUUUUGCAUGGGUUGGCGUAUGCGAUAGAGUUUCCGUUGGAGAGUGCAUCUUAG